AGGGACAGGCCCUACGAAUGCCGUGAGUGUGGGAAAAGCUUCACUCAAAGAUCAGUCCUUUCUAGACAUCAGAGAAUCCACACAGGGGACAGGCCCUAUGAAUGCUGUGAGUGUGGGAAAAGCUUCACUCACAGAUCAGCCCUUUCUGUUCAUCAGAGAAUCCACACAGGGGACAGGCCCUACGAAUGCCGUGAGUGUGGGAAAACCUUCAAUUGCAGAUCAGACCUUUCUAAACAUCAGAUAAUCCACACAGGGGACAGGCCCUACGAAUGCCUUGAGUGUGGGAAAACCUUCAAUCGCAGAUCAGACCUUUCUAAACAUCAGAGAAUCCACACAGGGGACAGGCCCUAUGAAUGCUGUGAGUGUGGGAAAAACUUCACUAGCAGCUCAGACCUUUCUAAACAUCAGAGAAUCCACACAGGGGAAAGGCCCUAUGAAUGUCGUGAGUGUGGGAAAAGCUUCACUCACAGAUCAGCCCUUUCUAGACAUCGGAGAAUCCACACAGGGGACAGGCCCUACAAAUGCCGUGAGUGUGGGAAAACCUUCACUCAAAGAUCAACCCUUUCUGUUCAUCAGAGAAUUCACACAGGGGAGAGGCCCUAUGAAUGCCAUGAGUGUGGGAAAACCUUCAAUCGCAGAUCAGCCCUUUUUACCCAUCAGAGAAUCCACACAGGGGAGAGGCUCUAUGAAUGCCGUGAGUGUGGGAAAAGCUUCGCUCAAAGAUCAAGCCUUUCUAGACAUCAGAGGAGCCACACAGGGGACAGGCCCUACGAAUGCCGUGAGUGUGGGAAAAACUUCACUAACAGCUCACACCUUUCUAGACAUCAGAGAAUCCACACCGGGGAACAGGCCCUACGAAUGCCACGCUACAUGUGCCAUGAGUGCGGGAAAAGCUUCAAUCAGCGCUCACACCUUAUCACACAUCAGAGAAUCCACACUGGGGAGACGCCAUACACGUGCUCUGAGUGCGGGAAAAGCUUCGGGCAGAGCUCUCACCUUAUCGCACAUCAGAGAAGCCACACUGGGGAGACGCCCUACCCGUGCUCUGAGUGCGGGAAAAGCUUCGGGGAGAGCUCUCACCUUAUCAGACAUGAGAGAAUCCACACAGGGGAGACGCCCUACACGUGCUCUGAGUGCGGGAAAAGCUUCAAUCGACGCUCAAACCUUAUUACACAUCAGAGAAUCCACACAGGGGAGACGUCCUACACGUGCUCUGAGUGCGGGAAAAGCUUCGGGGAGAGCGCUCACCUUAUCAGACAUGAGAGAAUCCACACAGGGGAGACGCCCUACACGUGCUCUGAGUGCGGGAAAAGCUUCAAUCGAUGCUCAAACCUUAUUACACAUCAGAGAAUCCACACAGGGGAGACGCCCUACACGUGCUCUGAGUGCGGGAAAAGCUUCAAUCGACGCUCAAACCUUAUCGCACAUCAGAGAAGCCACACUGGGGAGACGCCCUACACAUGCUCUGAGUGCAGGAAAAGCUUCAGGGAGAGCUCUAUCCUUAUCAAACAUCAGAGAAUCCACACUGGGGAGACGCCCUACACGUGCUCUGAGUGCGGGAAAAGCUUCGGGCGGAGCUCUCACCUUAUCGUACAU